UGCAGCACCCGCUGCUGCUGCUGUGAUUAUUGCUGGCGCUUGUCAAAAUGAAAAGUGGAAGGCAAUGGAUUCGUUGUUCUGUUUUUCUGUUUAUCUGACAUAACAUCGCUACGGAUGAGCUAUGGUCAUACAGAUAGGCCGUUUUUUAUGAAUCUGCAAUGUUUAUGGAUGUCUGCAGUUAUCGUCUCACGGCGAGAUAUAUAUAAAGUUUAUGUGACAAUUUUUCGCUGUGAAAGCCAAGGUCGCAAUGGAUCGAGCAGUAAACUCCGGCCCUGUCAAUACAGCCGACACUGGUUGUCAACGCUGGAGGAAUUGGAUUGGAUUUUGGCUACUGGGACUUUGCAAUAACUUCGCAUAUGUGGUGAUGCUGAGUGCAGCACAUGACAUCUUACAAAAACAGGAAUCUCAAAACACAACGACACCUACUCCUGCUCCAAAUGGGACUAGCAUAGAGAUCAGCAACAGCAGCCGCUAUGACUGCAAUGCUGUGUCCACUGCAGUAAGUCUGUCUGUCUUUCUUUUUCUCUUUGGUUUUUUGUUUCACCUGUACAGACUUGUACAAUGA